UGUGUUGCUCUGUCCUCGUUUUCCUCUCAUUCACUUGAAAACAAUCGCUGUAUUCCUCCCCAUCUCUGUCUCUGCUUCCUUUGUUUAGCCGGCACAAUCUGUCCUCUCACUUUCUGUUUCCGACAAGAGACGAUAACUCUGUGUUUGUUUCUCUGUGAGCGCAGUAAUUGCAGCUGCUUCUCUUUGAGCACCAUCAGACUGAAGCUCCUCUGGAUCAGCAGCGUUCUGUAUGAGCUGGAUUUGGCUUUGUGUUCUCGAUAAAGGAGGAUUUUACCCAGCAACCUGGCGGAUUUAUUCUCUCUCCUGAGCAACAGUUGCUUGAAACUUUCACAGUGACCAAGACGAGGGAGGUCAAGCACAAAGUGUCGUUUGAGUCUGAAAACCAACAAUGUGUUUUCAUUAGAGAAAAGACACUAAGGAGUAACUAUGGAGUGGACAGAAAAGAAAGAGCAUUGAAGUUUUGAGGGUCUCCAGGGAACCUUGUUGUACUGUGUGACUUUGGAUGAAAGGAAAAUAUCAAGAGGACAAGUUUUGUUAAGCUGAAACUCCUCCCGGAUUGGCCACUCUGGAGGAUUUUCCUGCUGUUUUCAACACUUUAAAAAUGGGCCUUCUGUCGAUUUUACUCCGUUGGAAGUAACAUUUUGCAAACUGUUGUGUAAGAGCUACUUUGCCCCUUCAAGGAUGUAUUUUUGUGUAAAUUAGCGUUCGGAUUAUGUAAGAGCCUUCUGAAAGGCGUCUCAGGAUCCUGCUCUGCUUGUUUAUUUGACUUCGGUGCGUAGCGAUGCGAGACUGUGAAGCGCCAAGCUGCCUCUCCGUCCUCGGAGCAGACAGGCACAGGAAGGGGCAGACAUGCGUUUCUAUGGCGAUGAGCGGCUGCAGUCCUUUCCCCUUGUGCUGGGACCGAGAAUAUGACAGACACCUAGCAGCGGCAGUCUCAGCAGGGAAAACCAUGGCAACAGCCUAUAUGGACCCCAACCUGAACAAUGCCUUCCUAGCAGGCACCAAGUCUCGGCUGAGCGCAGGAGGAUCGGACCGCACCAUGGCUGGAUCCGUGGACAGGGUUCUGAAAGUCUUCCAUUACUUUGAGGCCAACACUGAACACAGCUUCUGGUCUUCCAACAUCAGAUACGGAGAUGCAACUGAUGUCAGGGGGAUCAUCCAGAAGAUUCUGGACAUCAACAAGGUCCGUUGGACCUCAUGUUUUGGCCUCCGACUCAGCAACAGCCAGUCCAGAGACCAAUUGCACUGGCUCCACCCGGAUAUGGGUGUGUCCCACAUCAGGGAGAAAUACGAACAGGCACGGCCCAACGAGGAGUGGAGGUAUGAGCUAAGGAUCCGCUACCUCCCUAAAGGCUUCGUCCAGCAGUUUACAGAAGACAAACCUACACUCAACUACUUCUACCAUCAGGUGAAAAAUGACUACAUGACACAGUCUGGAGAUCAGGCGGAACAAGAUGUAGCGCUCAAACUGGGCUGUCUGGAAAUCAGGAGGUUCUUUAAAGAGAUGAGAGGAAAUGCUCUGGACAAGAAGUCCAACUAUGAACUACUGGAGAAAGAUGUCGGUCUGCGGCGAUUUUUCCCUAAAGAUCUGCUGGACUCUGUCAAGGCUAAAACCCUCCGGAAGCUAAUCCAGCAAACAUUCAAGCAGGUGGCCAAUCUCAACGACGAGCAGUGCAUCCUCAAGUUCCUGGAGAUACUCGCACCGAUUUACCGCUACGACAAAGAGUUCUUUAAAUGUGCCCUGGGGUCCAGCUGGGUGAUUCAGGUAGAGUUAGCCAUCGGGCCUGAAGAAGGCAUCAGUUACCUCACUGAUAAGGGAUCAACGCCAACACAUUUAGCAAACUUUAACCAGGUCCAGUCCAUCCAGUACUCAGCUAUGGAGGAGAAAGACAGGAAAGGCAUGCUACAGCUGAAUGUAGCCGGAGCUGCUGAGCCUCUCACAGUUACAACAGCGUCGCUCACCACGGCGGAAAACUUGGCUGAUUUGAUUGAUGGUUACUGUCGGCUCGUCUCCAUGGAAACGCAGUCGUUCAUCGUCAGAGUACAGAAAGAGGGAGAGAGAGCUCUGCCUUCCAUCCCAAAAGUUUCCAACAAUGAGAAAAAGUUAGAGGCAGUCCGGAGCGGAGUGAGAGCGAUCUCUGUUUCUGAAGACCUUAGCGGGGACGAGACAGACGACUAUGCAGAGAUAGUUGAUGAAGAGGAUACGUACACCAUGCCCUCAAUGAGCUAUGGAGUAGUUGAAGCACGGGAUUAUGAGAUCCAGAGAGACAGGAUAGAUUUGGGUCGCUGCAUCGGAGAGGGUCAGUUUGGCGACGUUCACCAAGGAGUCUACAACUGCCCGGACAAGCCGCCUCUACCUGUUGCCAUCAAAACCUGCAAAAACUGCACCACAGACAGCGUCAGAGAGAAGUUCCUUCAAGAAGCCUUAACGAUGCGUCAGUUCGACCACCCUCACAUCGUUAAACUGAUCGGCGUGAUCACAGAGAACCCGGUGUGGAUCAUCAUGGAGCUCUGCACGCUCGGAGAGCUGCGGUCGUUCCUUCAGGUGAAGAAGUACAGCCUGGACUUGUCCACCCUCAUUCUGUUUUCCUACCAGCUCAGUACAGCGCUGGCCUACCUGGAGAGCAAACGCUUUGUGCACAGAGAUAUUGCAGCACGUAAUGUGUUGGUCUCGUCUGUGGACUGCGUGAUGCUCGGAGACUUUGGUCUGUCUCGAUACAUGGAGGACAGCUCUUACUACAAAGCUUCUAAAGGUAAACUUCCUAUUAAAUGGAUGGCACCAGAAUCUAUCAACUUCAGGAGAUUCACCUCUGCUAGUGACGUUUGGAUGUUUGGAGUGUGUAUGUGGGAGAUCUUAAUGUACGGCAUCAAGCCCUUCCAGGGGGUGAAGAACAACGACGUGAUUGGCAGGAUAGAGAACGGGGAGCGGCUGGCCAUGCCUCCCCAGUGUCCACCAACCCUCUACAGCCUGAUGACCAAAUGUUGGUCGUACGACCCCAGCAAGAGGCCACGCUUCACUGAACUCAAAACACAACUCAGCGCUAUACUGGAGGAGGAGAAGAGUAUACAAGAGGAGAGACUGAGGGAGGAGAUGAGGAGGCAGGUCACCGUUUCCUGGGACUCUGGAGGUUCAGAUGAAGCUCCACCUAAACCCAGUCGACCAGGCUAUCCCAGUCCUCGCAUCAGUGGAAGCUUCUUUUCCACCUCCCAACACAUCCCCUUCCAGCCGUCGCCUGGUGGUGUUGGAGGAGUAGGAGGCAGCUAUUCCCCUUCUGACUCGUGGAAUCAGCUCAGACCUGAACAUGCACCACUGUGGAACCCAAAUGUGGAGGAGAGACUGGAUGUGAACCAGGCUCUGAUGGAGGAGACGCUGAUAAAGCAGCAGCAGGAGAUGGAGGAAGACCAGCGGUGGCUGGAGCAGGAGGAGAGCCACAUGAAACCAGAGUCCAGGAACAGCAGAGGCAGCAUCGACAGAGAAGACGGCACUCUGCAGGCACCGGGAGGAAGUCAUCAUAUCUACCAGCCUGUCGGGAAACCAGAGCAUGUAGCCCCUCCCAAGAAGCCGCCCCGCCCUGGAGCUCCCCUCACCAACCUGGCCAAUCUGAGCCCAGUGGACAGCUACAACGACGGAGUCAAGCCGUGGAGGCUCCAGCCCCAGGAGAUCAGCCCACCCCCCACUGCCAACUUGGACCGCUCGAACGACAAAGUGUACGAGAAUGUGACGGGGCUGGUUAAAGCCGUGAUUGAAAUGUCCAACAGGAUCCAGCCUGCUGCGCCAGAGGAGUACGUCCCCAUGGUCAAGGAUGUCGGUCUGGCUCUGAGGACUCUCCUGGCAACGGUGGAUGAAACGAUUCCUGUGCUGCCAGCCAGCACACACAGAGAGAUUGAAAUGGCCCAAAAGCUGCUGAAUUCUGACUUGGCCGAGUUAAUAUCAAAGAUGAAGCUAGCACAACAAUACGUCAUGACGAGUUUACAAAAGGACUACAAGAAACAGAUGCUAAUGGCAGCUCACGCUCUGGCGGUCGACGCCAAGAACCUGCUGGACGUCAUCGACCAAUCACGACUCAAGAUGAUCAGCCAGAUCCGCCCACAGUAGUCCUGGAUCCAGGCACCCCAAAGAGCGCUGUGGAGGCCAGCGGAUCCGUACACGGACUGUUUGUUGGAUAUCUGCGAAGGAUAGAUGAAAACAAGGGACAGAUGUGUGGACAGCAGACAUGACUGAAACAAUCAGCCCUGAUUUUCUCCUCUGAAAAACAUCCACCGCUUCCCUUCUUUCUGGAAACACUCGCGUUUUGGUCCACUUUAGUAUUUUCUACAUUGUUCUGACGUGACACAGAGAAGCACCAUCGUCGAUCGGAAAACUUACGAAAACAGACAAAAACAAAGGAUUUGAAGGACGUCACAAAAAAAGUGGAACUGAAGCCAUGUUGAAAAGGACAAUGAAGAUGUUUUGUAAUAUUUUAAAUGUGCUUUUUGUAACUAUAUUGUUGUUGUCAUCUGCCUUGAUCAUUGCAGUAUGUCCGUUAGCUCUCCAGUCUUCCCUUUGAACAAUGUAUGAGUAAUUAUUUACAGUAGAGCUGCCCACUAAAGUCAUAACAUCUCAUUUCCCCCGCCUCUAAAGAUCGCUUUAUCUCAGGUGGCAUGACAGAUGGUUUGUUUUUCUUUUUUUAUAGCAACAGUUUUGUUGUUUUUUCUUAGCGGAAAAAAUCGAAAACUGCUACCUUACACUGUUUAACUUAACAUAAAUAUUAAUAUACAAAAAAAGGUUUAUAUUUAACAUAAAUCUGAGUUAUAAACUGUAAGGAAACAUGGAGAGAGAAGACUGAGGGAGGAGCGGAGGGGACAGACAGAGAAGAGACUUUAGGACUUCCUGAGCCACAUGUUUGCGAUUUGACUGACUAGGGCCGCGUCAUUUUCAAGCCUUGAUGAUGUUAAGAAUUUCAAACAGACUAAAAUGAUCUACAGUCCUCUCACUAACAUGAAGUAUGCAUCGUUAAACCAAUGAUUACCUUUUUUUUUUAUGUAGCAGAAAUGUUUCCAGCUUUGGAAAAACUGGUUUUCUCAACGUGAAUCAUUAUUAUUAUAACUGGCUAGAGAGCGUAACUAAAAAUACGAUGUAAAAAGGAAAUCCCCUCAUGGUUGUACCGUUUCUCUCCUUCUCCACACAGGAGUUGUUUUUGUCUCUUUCUCUUGUUUUGCAUCUUUAUUUCUCUGUUACCUUUCCAGUUCUCUAGUUUCUCCUUCCUCAUUUCUUCCCUCUCCCCUGUGCUGAGCAGUUUUCUCAGGAAGGAGACACUUGUAUAGUUGCUAAACUAAGCAAAUAAAACACUAUUAUUAUUAUUAUUAU